GUUGGGGGGGGGGGGGGGGGAGAGAAGAGCGGGAGCGAUCGCGCGCCCUCAGAGGAGCGGCGGCGGCGGCGGCGCUGAGGAGAGGACUCCGGCGGCGGGGUGUCCCUGUCCGUCCCCCCCUCCUUCAACCGCCCCGGGCAGCUCCGCGGGCCGCGCCCGCCGCCGGGCGAUGGUGGCGGCGGUGGCGGUAACUUCCCCUUGAGGAGACGGGCCGGGUCCGGGAGAAGAGCGGAAAGUGGGGAAAGCCCGAGAACUUCCCGUCCGCCCGCGCCCGCCCGCCCCGCCGGGCUUCGCCGUUUCCCUCCUGAGAGAUGUCUGAGGCUCCUGCUCAGUGUUGCAUCAAGGAGUCGGCUUUGCCUUGUUGCCAGCCAGGAAUCUCCCUUCUGCUCGCGACUAACUCUGCCCGACAGGAAAGAAUUUCGUACACACCUCCAGUGAGCCCGGUACCAAAUUACACUUCCUCGUCACCACUACAUGUCCCAGUGCCUCGAGCGAUCAGGAUGGAGGAAGACACAAUCAGACUGCCGGCACACCUGCGUUUGCAGCCGGUUUACUGGAGCAGGGAUGAUGUGGCACAGUGGCUCAAGUGGGCGGAGAAGGAGUUUUCCUUGAGGCCGAUUGAGAGCAACACUUUUGAGAUGAAUGGCAAGGCUUUGCUGCUCCUGACCAAAGAGGACUUUCGAUACAGGUCUCCUCAUUCAGGUGAUGUUUUGUAUGAACUCCUUCAGCAUAUCCUGAAGCAAAGGAAAGCUCGUAUGCUCUUCACACCUUUCUUCCACCCUGGGAACUCUAUCCAUGCUCAGCCAGAGGUCAUAUUGCACCAGAAUCAUGAUGAAGAUAGUUUUGUCCAGAGACCUUCGAGACCAUCGACAGAAACAGUCCACCACAACCCCCCAACCAUUGAACUGUUGCAUCGUUCUAGAUCACCCAUCACCAACAACCACCGUCCAUCACCAGAUCCUGAUCAGCGGCCACUGAAGUCCCCUAUGGACAACACUAUCCGUCGCCUCUCCCCAGCUGACAGGGUGCCAGGGACAAGGCAUCAGCAAGAGAACAACCACCAAGAGCCCUAUCCUCUCUCAGUGUCCCCGAUAGAAAACAACCACUGCCCUCCUCCUUCUGAGGUGCUCCAGAAGCCCUCCAGCCCUCGCCAGGAGAACACCAGGGUCAUCCAGCUGAUGCCCAGCCCUAUCAUGCAUCCUUUGAUACUGAACCCCAGGCACUCCGAUUUCAAACCACCAAGGUUGUCUGAGGAUGGGCUGCACAGGGAGGUAAAGCCAAUCAACCUGUCCCACCGAGAAGAGUUAGCUUAUAUGAACCACAUCAUGGUGUCUGUAUCCCCUCCUGAGGACCAUGCAAUGCCAAUUGGAAGAAUAGCAGACUGUAGGUUGCUUUGGGAUUAUGUUUAUCAGCUGCUUUCUGACAGCCGGUACGAAAAUUUCAUCCGAUGGGAAGAUAAGGAAUCCAAAAUAUUUCGGAUAGUGGAUCCCAACGGGCUGGCCCGGCUGUGGGGAAACCACAAGAACAGAACAAAUAUGACUUACGAGAAAAUGUCCAGAGCCCUACGCCACUACUACAAACUAAAUAUUAUCCGGAAGGAGCCAGGACAAAGGCUUUUGUUCAGGUUCAUGAAGACCCCAGAUGAGAUUAUGAGUGGCCGAACAGACCGCCUCGAGCACCUUGAAUCCCAGGAACUGGAUGAACAAAUAUACCAAGAAGAUGAGUGCUGAAGGGAACUGGUGCACCGCCUCUGUGGGUCCAUGGGAGAAACAUCUGCCCAGAUGGCUGGCACGGUUUGGGAGGGGAAGCAACAACACAGAAGCAGUACUUGGGGUUGCCGCUUAGCUUGAAGACCACGCAGGACCUGAAGCACCUUAACAAAACAAACUAACAGGCAGAAGUGGUGCUGGCAGAAAAUUAAAGGGGAGAAAGCCUGGACUUAUGCACUACUUCAUUGUUCCUACAAAGUCUCCCUUGAGUUCUUUCUUUCUUUUUGGUUUGUUUCAGUUUUGGGGGUUUUUUGUUGUUUUUUUUCCCUAAUAAACAUGCAGUUCGACUUUCCUUAUCUCACAUAGGACAAGACGUCAGAUUAUGCUUUUUUUUUGGAAGGCUUUCCUAUGGAAAUAGAGCGCUCAUUUUCUGUGCAAGUCUCAGACAUAACACCGCAUAAAACAAUAGCAUCACAGAAGGGAUUUGCUCAAAGGUUCCAGUUUGCUCGGAUCAAUUUACAUGUGCUGCCACUGGGAAAGGUGUUGAAGCUACCAAAAGAAUUUACCACACAUACCUGUCAAAUGAAGAGGAGUCACCCUUCACGUGUGGGCUGGGAUACCAUCCCAAAAUAGCUUGGGCUCACGACGAGUCCCGCGAGUGGCUAUUAACUGCUGGAAUAUGGACCAAAACCAAUCACCUAAGUGCUCCGGGGAGGAGAAAAAUAAAUGUGACAAACCUCUGCAAUAGACUGAUGUUGACGUUUUCCCUCCCUCUAGCAAAGAAGUGAUAGAAUGGAGUGGGGGGGGGAGGGAGGGCGGGGACAAAUACAUAUAUAUGUGUAUAUAUAUAUAAAAGUUUCAUAUAUAUAUGUAUAUAUAUGUAAUCCCCACAAUAUAUCCACAAUGCAGAAUUUCAGCUCAAAGCUUUCUAUAAAAAAACAAAGGCUGAAGGAUCUGUAAUUACAAAAGGGAGGAGUGUUUCUUAUACCUUCUAGCAAGUUUGGGGUGAAAGGUGAAGGACUGUUCCUUACGUGGCAGGGAGAAAGCGAAGGGACCCAUCACAUGGCUUGUAUUACUCAGAAACCUCUCCAGGAUCAUUUUGUGCUGCUGGAAAGGUAGAUGAUUCACCAAUCUGAAAACUGAUGGUAGAGAACUAGAGACCAAAUAGCUAUACUUAUAUCUUGUAAUUGAUUUUGGCUUUGUUUUGGGAUUUGUUUUUUUUAUGCCUCCCACUACGUUCCCCACCCCACAGCUCUGCCAUCAAGGGAGCUUGACUCAGCUUGCCCGUUUUUAACAUGAUUUAAAAGACAAGAAAACAAGAAACCCGACAGCUGUGUUGCUUUCUUGGUUUUUGGUUUUGUUCUGGUUGCAAGGUGCCUCAUUUUUUACACCCCCGAUUUGGUUUGCUGCACUGAGGGUGCUUUGCAUGAGGCAAAGAGCUAUGCCUAGUUUGGUCGCAGGAAGCUCAGCAGUCCUUGAUGCCCAAUACGAGAGAAACUACUGGCCUUUUUCAUUUCACAUUGCUUGGGCCACCAUGACAGGAGGCUGUGGUGUCCAGGCAUCCAGCGAUCCAUCAUCAGUGGUCCUUUGAAUGGAAGGAGGAUCUAGCAGCAGAAUUGAUACUUGCAAAGGGAGAAGAUGUGUAGAGAAACUGUGCAGGAAUCACAUGGUGUCUGGAAGAAAGCACUUCCACACCAGUUCAUUAAAACAGAAAACCUCUUAUGGGACCAUGCAUACUAGAAGUGGAAAAAAUCAGUGGGCUAAUCUAAUCUGUUUCAACCAAAACCCAAGGUACAUUCCCAUGAUAGAGCUUUUAUCAGCUAUUAAACCAACACAUUUGAUCUUACCACAUAUUUAACACAAGGGUUAAUCUAUCCAGGAAAAAAUGGCACUUGGCAAUGAAUAGUGUCCCCUAUGUUUAAACAGAGAUAGUCCAAUCUCACAAAAGACUCAAUAUUGAGUCACAGGUCAUAGAAGGAGCAGCUUUGUUAAGGGUAUAGAUAGGCAUCAUACAAAGAGGAGAGAUUUUUCAGAGCCACUAUCUGAUGGGGAGCGACAGGGCACACGUUUCUCCCUAAGCUUUUCUCAGCCACAUUUUUUUAUUAAAUCAUAAUCAAUAUGUUACAAGUCCCAGCACACCACGUACUUGACUUUCUGCCUCAAAAGAAAUGACGUGGGAGUGUGUACCAGAAAGAUGAGCAGACAACCUGUCACCUGUCUCUGCCGUGACUCUGAAGUCCUUGGAGCUCAGGAGGUGUGAGAUUGGGAGACACUGAGGGACUUCAGUGGUCACAGAUCUGAAACCGAAUGUCCCUUCAAACCAAGGGGCCAGGGAGUUACUCUGCUGUGUCACCCUGCUCAAGGGCACCCACGUUGUGGCCAUGUCUCAGGAGCUGGGGUGAAGAGGUGAAUAUGAAUGGCAGAUGACGUGUGAGCAGAAGUAUCAAUGUGAAGAAAGGCUUUUGCUAGUUCCUUAGGGUAGAAAGAAACCAAGUUUAUGCAGAGAACGAUUCAUAUCCUUUACUGCUCUGGCUGUGACAACUCCAUAACUGCGUUAUUUUCUUUUGCCUGCUGCAGCUACUGUUAUGAGAUGGUGAGGAGGAAAAAAAAAAAAAAACCCAAAUGAUGGGGACCUUG